UUGAUCGAUCAGCUGUCCCGCCGAUACCUCUUCUUCCAUUUAGCCGCACGUGUUGCAGUUGUUUUCAAUUUUCAAUUAUGUCCAAAUUUCUAUCCUAUUAUAAUCUCUUCCCCAUACCGGACCCCAAGGAGUUCCUGGGCCUGGCCUCAGACAGAGAAAAGGGCAACGUGGUAACCACCCUGGCACGCAAUGUGGUGGUAGUCCUAAACGUAAUACACAAAAAGCAGUUGUUGAGCUGGUCCUUGCCAGAGAAACUGUCGGCCAAGGUGAUAUACGAUCCCAGCAGCCAGCAUUAUGUGGGAGUUUUUGGAAAUCAUUCGCUCCGCAUUUGGGAUGUGGAUACUGCCGAUGUCUCCAAGUGCAAGAAGCUAAAGUUCCAAAAAAGCAUUGCCCAUUUGGUGGAAACAGAUCAAGAGGCUCUGGUCCUCUAUAGCGAUGGCGUCUGCCAAACUCUCUCCCAGGCCCUGGCCUCGCGUAAGGAUCAGAAAGAGGAUACGGCCGAGCAGCUGGCCCUGGCUGCCAGCAAGGCCCUAAGCAAGCCCACGGUGUACACAAUGCCGCAGGGCCAACAGGUGCUGACAUAUUUCGAAGAAACCAAAGCCACGGGCGUACUUCAGCUCAUCCGCCUGUCACUGGCAACGUCCAACCGGCGGGAAUACAGCAUUGAACGGGAAGCGGUGAGGCUUACCGGCUAUGCAGUUGUUGAAGGCGAUGCCGCGCCCCAAAUGCUGACCAUUUGGUCCGACAAGCGCAUCUUCAUGCUAAAUCUCGCCGAGCGCACUUCAGAAAGAUCACCCGGGCAAUAUGUGUCCAUGCUGGCCGAUCUGAACGUAGAGAAGAAGCUGUCGGUGCACGGCGUCUCCCGCAACUUUGCGGCCAUCUAUGGCGCCAACUAUGGGCAGGAGGGCGCCUCGCUGUUGGUCUACAACACCCAGUUCAAGGUGGUCAAUGCCAAGCAGUACUUCAAAAUGUAUCUGGAAUUCUCCCGCUUGUGGGCACGCGACGAGCACAUCCUCCUGGCCAUGGGCGAGAACAUAGCUGCCGUUCGUUACCGCACGAGCAGUGAAAUACUCGUGGACAUGCUGGGCUCCCAGUCGAGCGACACGCAAUUGAACACCAUUGAGCUGGACCACAUCAACGAGGAGGACACUCUGGAGUCGGCCAUCAAGUUUGCUGGAAACAAGAAGCACCAACAAAGCUAUGGUAAAUUGAAGGCCAAUCUAAAGAAGGUGCCUGCAGUGGAAGUAUCGGUAGCCGAUGGCAGAAAGGUGGCCUACGAUCCUCCGCAGUUGUUCGAGCAGGAGAUGAGCGAGCUCAUUAAGCAGCAUGUCCAUGGCGAGCUGAUUAGCUGCGAAAGUGGCUUGGACGAUGUGAGCGUUACCUUGAUGACAAACUAUUUCGAUGAGGGACCCAUGAACACGGCUGUGCAGGCCCUGGUGCGGCAGCUGGAGCGUAGCGGUGCCGGCGAGGAGGAGAUUAUAGAGAAGAUAUUGACGUUGUUCAUCAAGACCAAGAACACGGAACAUGUCCUAAUGUGCCUGAGACGGUACAGCAACAUAUCGGAGAAAAUGUUGGCUUGGUGCUUGCGCUACGCCCUGGAUAACACACCGAAUCCCACUGAAAUCAAUGGCCAUUCGCAAGAAGUGCCCAUGGAAACGGAUCAGACCAAUGACCAGCUCCUCAAUGCGGUGCUGGCCUGCAGCUUCGACCGAAGCGCCAUUGAGCCGCAUCUGCAGGAGCGUCUGCAGAUCUCACAUGUCCAGUAUCUGCUGAAUCACCUUUUUGUUCUGGCCAGUGAACCUAGCGCACAGCUGGAGGAGCGACCCAAUCGCGCGGCAUCGCUGGUGCAAACGGAAUCGCAGGCCCUGCAAUGGUUUGGCUCACUCCUCACAUCCCACUUUACCGUUCUGACCAUCUCCAAAGAUGAACAGCUGCUGGAAACCCUCACCAAAUGGUCAGAACUACUGGCCUUCUAUCGGGACAGCAUAUUCGAUAUGGCGGCGCUUCUGCCGCUGCUCACGAAGAUUGUGGAGAUGCGAGAGACGCGAUCCAUGUAUUCCACUGCCUGGUACGGCAUCGAGGAGGUUGUCUUAUAUUAAAACGCAGGCAGAGAUGCAUCGUGGUUCUCCCCAAAAGUUGUUUCUUAGUGCAUAGGCUAAAUAAAUGUAGAAUUGACAAGC